AUGUCGAGUGCUCGGGGCCAAUACAACCGCGCCUCCCUCGAGGACGACGAUCUGAUUGAUCCGGAUGAUGCGGAUCUCAACGACUUCGAUGACCCUCUCGCUCCUCAAUCGGCUCGGCAACCUUUGACAAACACCAUUGCCUCUGGUGCGUCGGCGUCCGGAGCGUUAGACGAAAGCUAUCUUACGUCUCGCAUUCCUGGGGAUGAUCGAAGCGCGCCCCAGAACACCAUUGAUGAAAGCGUAUGGGAGACUCUGCGCCGCGACCUCUUGGCCGUGUGGGCCAAGUUGAAGGAAGUUCUGUACCCGCGAUAUCUUCUUGGUGGCACCAUGUUCGAUUCUGAAGGCGGCCUUCGCGGUGCAUAUUCCAACAUCCGCGGCGCCGGCUUAACAGGCACGAGGGAGGAGCUCACUGGACUUGCCAGCAGAGUUAUAGAUGCUGAAGCUCUGCUGCAGAGCAAUAUGAGCCCUGGGCUGAGAGACUGGGACCUAUGGGGGCCUCUGAUUUUCUGCCUACUGCUGAGCUUGUUGCUCAGCUUCACAGCGCGAGCUGAUCAGAAAGAUGCCGUCUUUAGCGGUGUCUUUGCUACCAUAUGGCUUGGUGAAGCGAUUGUGACCCUUCAAAUCAAGCUCUUGGGGGGCAACAUCUCCUUUGCUCAGAGCAUCUGCAUUAUUGGCUACACGCUGUUUCCGCUAGUUAUUGCCGCUCUCCUAUCGGCUCUCAAGCUCCACUGGGUCGCGCGGAUACCAGUAUAUCUUUGUCUCAUCGCGUGGUCCCUUGCUGCUGGCGUCAGCAUUCUGGGUGGUAGCGGAGUGGUCAAGAAUCGUGUGGCCAUUGCUGUCUACCCUCUCCUUGUGUUUUACCUAGGCUUAGGAUGCCUCUGCUUUAUUAGCUAA